UCAGGGCGAAGAUGCGUACUGGAGAUGCGUGAAGAACGAAAAUUGGUCUUUUCGCAGUUAUGGACUCUGGUGAACUUACAUUUGAAAGUGGCCAUAACCCUAUCCUUCCUUAUCUUGUACACAAAAUGCGUUGUAUAUGUAUUGUAGGGUAUACGUAUAAUCACAGCCGACUUCAAUACAUUAAUUAUAUUUAUAGUUGGGUAAAUAAAUGCACAGAACAAAAAUAAAGUACAAUAGAAAAAUAAUUUAUUUAUGAAUAUUACUAUUACAUUGUCGUUUAAAGCAAAUAUAUUUACAAAGAAAUGUAUUUAAUAUUCAACACUUUACAAAUAUUUCGAGGCUGAUUGGACAAUUGAACAUGAGCCAAAUAUUUUCUGAUACCUUAUCUACUCAAAAAAGUUCCACUGAAUCCAAAAACAUUUCAUAUAUUUAGUUUCUCCUAUAAUAUAACUUGAAUAAUUAUCAGUAUCAGUAAAACAAUUAUGAGUAUAAAAAUAAAGAUGCUCAUACAUGUUACAUGUAAAUAAAUUUAAGUGAACUUAACCUACCAUAAUAGAUAAACUAUCAUAUUAAAUCUAUAACUGAAAAUAUUUAUAAUGAAUGAAAAAUGUCCAAGUUGUAGACGAAUAUUAAAUACAUCAUGUUCAAGACUUGUGAAGGAUAAUUGUGGUCAUACUAAAUGUCGUAUGUGUUUAUUAUAUGAAGAACAAGGCUGCAGAGUUUGUAAUGAUGUGCAAUGUAUAGAAAAUAUUGGAAAUUAUGAUUAUCCACCUUCAACAAAAGAAAUCUUAAAUGAUAUUUCGAAUUCUGAGAAAAGUAAUAUAUGUAAUGAAGAAGUAGUACCUUUAGAAUUAGUUAUUAAUAAAGAUUCAAAGUUCAAGCUUAAUAAUUUUGAACUUACUGAUAAUUACGAAUUAUAUUGUGAAGAUAUAUUUAAUAAAACAAGAGAAACGUACCAGUCUUCUACAACUGAUACUAAGGAUGAUGAUGUUUCAAAUAAGUUAUAUGUUUCUAAAGUAGAAUCUGAUAGUGUGCUUUCAAGUACUCAGUCACAUUUAAACAGCAGUGCUGUAAUACAAUCAUGUAAUGAGGAUAAUAAAACAGAGUCUUUAAAGAAUGAAAAAUUAAUGAAAAAUAAAUCCACAAAGUGUUUGGAUCAUAGUCAUAUUGUGUUAAUACCAGGAACACCAGAAAAAUACAAAUGCAAUAUUUGUAACAAAAUUUUUCGAAAUAAAAAAGGAAAAUGUUAUCAUGAUGCAUGUGUAACAGGUGUUAAACCUUAUCAGUGUACUUAUUGUGAUAGAACAUUUAUUAAAAGGUCUCACUUUGAAUAUCAUGAAAGGGUACACAGGGGGUAUAAACCAUAUAAAUGUAAUCUUUGUGAAAAAGCAUUUCCUCAGCAGAAUAAACUCAAUAGACAUAUGUACUCGCACAGUAGAGAAAAACAAUUUGAAUGUACAAAAUGUAACAAAAAAUAUUCUAAACGAGAUGAUUUAAAAAAUCAUCUAGUGGUGCAUAAUAGUACAGCUACAUAUUCAUGCAAAACAUGUGAAAAAACUUUUAGGAUGUUAACUAAUUUGAAACGGCAUUUAAAAACGCAUACAAAUGAAAGACCACAUACAUGCGAUCAAUGCAAUAAAAGUUUUAAAGAUAAAUCUCUUUUAGUUCGUCACAAAAAAACGCAUGGAAAAGAUCGUCCAUUUUCGUGUGCACAUUGUAACAGAGUAUUCUUGUCUAAAAGUGAAUUAAAACGACAUUUAACUGUACACUCCGAUGAAAAACCAUUUUCUUGUAAAUAUUGUCAAACUGUAUUUAGAAGAAAAGAUAAUUUACAUCGACAUAUUAGACAUCAUCAUUCAGAAAAUCCACCUUUAGAUGUUAACAACACACAGAAUACUAUAUCUGAAACAAAUAUAAAAUCACCAAAAUCUAAACAAAAACCAAAAAAGAUACAAAGAAUUACUUCUAAUUCAAUACAGAAAACUCCAACUAAGAUAUCAAUGGUUGGUGUAAAUUCUCGUGAUCAAAUUAAUUCCAGAUUAGAUUCAAUGGGUAAUAUUACACCUGUUAUAAGAACUACAAAUGAAGUAAGUAAUGCAGUUUCUGUUAUCAAUGGACCAAUUAGUAUUAAAAAACCCGGUGAUAAGACUGAUACUAGGAAAAAGACAUUUACAUAUACCGAACCAAUACCACUUGCUGAAGCAGUGGUAAUAAACAAACGAAUUGAAGAAAAGUUAUAUCCACAAAACGUAUCAAAUCAUAAUUAUUUUUUCCGAAAUUGUAUAAAUUGUACAGAUAAAUCAUAUCCUGUCCUCGUAAAGCAAGUAUCUUGUACAUAUUCUAAUACAAAAAGUUCUUUAAAUAAAAUAGCUCAUCAUGAAAAUUCGUCUCUAGAAACAGAUUCAAAUGUGCAAACAAAUUUGAUACAUCAAAACGUAGAAAAACAAAUUUAUAAUAAAAAAGAUAUUAAAUUAAAAAUCAAAGAUAACAGCAAUCAUUCAAUUCCCAAUUCUACUGGGAAAUUUACAAUUCAAACAGUGAAUGUUAGUUAAAGGUAAAUGCUUCUUACUUACUAAUUAUGAAUCAAUGAAUUGAUUAUGUUAGUGAACGCGUUUAAUCAUUUCAACCAAACAUUUUUAAAACAUUUAAUUAAAAAAGUGGAGUAAUGAAUAAUUUUUCAUUAAUGAUUUCGAAAAGUUAAACUAAUAUGCACCAAAGAUGUUAAAUUACUCUGAUACUAUGUCAUACAUAACAAAUAUGUGAAACAAUUAUUUAUUCUUUAAAGUAAAGUAGUUUUAAAUAUUUUAUGAGAUUUUGAAAAGAACAAUCUAAAACACAAAAACAUUUGAUUACAACUUAUUUUAGCAUAUUAUACAGAAAAAGAAACAAAGCGUUCGCAGAAUUAUUCGAAUAUAGUUUCAUUAAAGACCGAUUGGCACUUCCGGCGUUGUCAUGAACUAUAUUUAUAAUAAUUAUAUUAUAUGAAAAAAGAGUGGUUUCUACAAAAAUAAAUUUAUAUUAUUUGUAU